CCCGCCCUGCUCCUGGCGUGCUGCAGCCUGGCCGCGGCGCUGGCCCCGCAGGAUCAAGUAGAGCAGUUUUUUAAAAGUGGGCAUACAAACAACUGGGCAGUUCUGGUGUGCACCUCUAGAUUCUGGUUUAACUAUCGUCAUGUGGCAAACACCCUUUCCGUUUACAGAAGUGUCAAGAGGCUAGGUAUUCCUGAUAGUCACAUCGUCCUGAUGCUAGCAGAUGAUAUGGCAUGUAACUCCCGGAACCCUAAGCCAGCAACUGUAUUUAGCCACAAAAACAUGGAGCUAAACGUCUAUGGAGAUGAUGUGGAAGUGGAUUACAGAAGCUAUGAGGUUACUGUUGAGAACUUCUUGCGUGUAUUAACAGGAAGAAUCCCACCAAUCACACCUCGAUCCAAGCGUCUUCUUUCUGAUGACAAGAGCAAUAUCCUAAUUUAUAUGACUGGUAAUAACAGGUUUACAUAUGUGAUUUAUGAUUUUUCACUUGGAUCUCUCCCAAAUAUUAUGGUAAUUACACAGUACAAUGAAUUGCUGUUCAUUAUUGAUACUUGUCAAGGAGCAUCCAUGUAUGAACGAUUUUAUUCUCCUAAUAUAAUGGCCUUGGCUAGUAGCCAAGUAGGAGAAGAUUCACUUUCACAUCAGCCUGACCUUGGGAUCGGCGUUCACCUUAUGGACAGAUACACGUUUUAUGUCUUGGAGUUUCUGGAAGAAAUUCACCCAGCUAGCCAGACAAAUAUGAAUGACUUAUUUCAGGUUUGUCCUAAAAGCUUGUGCGUUUCUACACCUGGGCACAGGACUGAUCUUUUUCAGCGAGAUCCUCAAAAUGUUCUGAUAACAGACUUCUUUGGUAGUGUACGAAAGGUGGAAAUUACAACAGAAACUAUUUCUCUGGAUCCUAACUUGGUUAUCUUGGAAAGCAGGACUCCAAAGGAUGAGAUUACAACAGAAGCUCUGAAAUAUGCUGAGCAACUUCCUGUAGCUCAGAUUAUACACCAGAAACCAAAACAGAAAGACUGGCAUCCUCCUGGAGGUUUUAUUCUAGGACUCUGGGCAUUGAUUAUCAUGGUUUUCUUUAAAACAUAUGGAAUCAAGCACAUGAAACACAUCUUUUAGGUUUCUGAGCAACCAAGAUGAUUGCACUGACUGCAACCUUGAAUGAAAAUUGGUGUCAUCAAAGUUUCUUUUUUUGUGCAUUUUGUCUGUUUGUAGUGAAAAAUAGUGUUGAAAACCUCGUAUCUAGAUGUUCUUUUGAUGUUGGUCAUCUUCCCUUCUUUCUGUGAGAGCCUGACAAAUGGGUAUACCAUUAAAUAAUUUUAUACUGUGGCUUUUUUAAACAUAUUUUAAUCCUGUUUCUGAGCAAUAUUUCAUUCCCUGCAUUCAAAAAACAAGAGGGGAAACCCUAAAGACAUUGGCAGGAACUUUAAAACUAAUUACAAAUUGUAACACUGGCAGAUUUUAUACCUCUAAGUAAAUCUUAGAAAUAUUUAUCAUCUCACUAGAAUGAAGGUCUAGACAGUAUGAAGAACUUUAUUUCAGGUGUCAUUUUAUCAAUAAAAACUUAAGUCACUCUGCGAACUUCUCCCAUAACAUUGAAUGUUCUCAACAGAUAUAACAAGACUGUAGAAAAAUAGUGACUUUUGUCUGUCAAAUGAAAACCUUUACAUUAGCCCUUUUUCCAAGGGCAAUUCUAGGCCUGGGAUUCUAUGAGUCAUUAGAAUGGGAUGCAAAAAUAUGGCUAAUGAUGACGUCACUGAAUCUAUAUAGAGAAAAGGAAGCCAGAAUGUUUAAAGCUUGACUUCCCCAUGUUUAUUAAAUAGUAUUCAUAGACCUUGCAAGAUUGUCUUUUAAACCCCAUUGAAGGAGGCUUCCAAUGCUUUCAGUAAACUGAGUCUUUGCAUAAUGGAAAAUUUACUUUGGCAUCAGGGAUUAAAAAUUGUUAUAAAUUGUAUUAUUGUAGUCAAUGAUUUCAAACACUUGGAAAUUAGUAUUAUCAUUUAUGUCUUGUAAAUUCUAUUGUGACAUCGAUUUUUUUUCAUGUUAGAUAUCUGUUGAUGAAUGUAUGCCGAGUGGGUUUUGUUCUUAUAUCUUACCUGUGUUGAGCGACAGAAAGAACAAAUCUGUUCAUGUACAAGUGUCAGAUGAGAGAUUUCUGAAGGUGCUUUCCCUGUAUGCUUUUGGAUUGUGCCCUAUAUGACAAAUAAAGAUUAGGUAUACAUGCAGUGAA